AUGUCCAGUCAACCUCUCCUCCAAACAGCUCCAGGCAAACGCAUCGCGCUCCCCACGCGCGUCGAGCCCAAGGUCUUCUUCGCCAACGAGCGCACCUUCCUCUCCUGGCUCAACUUCACCGUCAUCCUGGGCGGUCUGGCCGUUGGUCUGCUAAACUUCGGUGACCGCGUCGGCCGCAUCUCCGCUGGCCUGUUCACCGUCAUCGCCAUGGCGUCUAUGAUCUACGCCCUGGUCACUUUCCACUGGCGGGCUCAGAGUAUUCGGAAACGAGGGUCCACGGGCAUUGACGAUCGCUUCGGGCCCACGGUGUUGGCGCUGUCGUUGUUGGCGGCGGUUAUUGUCAACUUUGCGUUGAGGAUGAAGGAGUAA